CAACAAUUUAAGAAAAAACAUUAAGGUGUUGGAGAGCAUCCGAAGGAGAGCCACGAGGAUGGUGAUGGGAGUGGAGGGGAAGCCUUAGGAGCGGCGGCUGAGGUCGCUUGGUGUCUUCAGCAUGGAGAUGUGGAGGUUGAGGGGAGACCUCAUUGUGUUCUUCAACAUCCUCACGAGAGAAAGCAGAGGGACAGUUACUGAUCUCUUCAUUCUUGUAACCAGUGGCAGGAUCCGAGAAAACACGGAGCUGAAUCUGGAGGUUCAGGUUGCAUAUUAGAAAAAGGUUUUCACCCAGAGGGUGAUUGAGCUCUAGAACAGGCUCCCCAGGGCAGUGGUCAUGGCACCAAGACUGACUGAGUUCAAGAAGAAUUUGGACACUGCUCUCAGGCACAGUGUGGGAUUCUUGGGGUGUCCUGUGUAGAGUUGGACUCAAUGAUCCUGGUGGGUCCCUUCCAACUCGGCACAUUCUCUCUCUCACAGACUGCAAGGCUGCUUGGGGGUGCCCAUGGCCCUCUGGCCACUUCCAGAGCUGUUUGUGUGCCUGGCGUGGUCAGGGCCAAUCCCCUGGAACAGGGUGAGCUGUGGGGUCCUGCCAUCGCUCCGACCCCUGUGUUUCCCUACCAGGUGUAGGACAGGUGUAGAUGUUACUUGAAGCUUCAGCCUUCAUUGCAUAUUACAAAGAUGUACGAGAAUAGGGAGAGGCCACACAGAACGAGUCUUUCUGAAGGAGCCUCUGGCACACGAGAACAAAUGACGAGAACCUUCUGCAGCGCCUUGACAAGUCUCUGCAAGUAACGUUUUCUCUUUAACACUGGUAUCAAGCCAUGUGUUGCAUCUUUCUCAGGGUGGAGCUUGGUAGAGAAUUCAUCAUUCAUGGCACACAGAACUACCUGAGACCAAGGCGUGAAGCUCCUACUUGGAGCACAGAACUAUAACUACUUCUGCAGUUCUUUGGCUGUGUGUUGUAUUGGCUCCCACAGAAAAGCAUCUGGUCUAUGAUCUCUGGCAAGCUCUGUCAACUUCCUUGGAUAUUGGGCUGAGUAACUGGAGCUUCCUCUAUGUCACUGUCUCCCUCUACACAAUGACCAAAUCCUCUGCCAUUCUCUUCAUCCUGCUUUUUUCACUGCUCUUCAAGCUGGAGGAAAUGAGGGUGACAUUGCUGCUGGUGGUUCUGCUCAUUGCUGGGGGACUCUUCAUGUUCACCUACAAGUCCACACAGUUCAACGCACAGGGGUUUGUGCUGGUGCUCUGUGCCUCUUUCCUGGGGGGCAUUCGCUGGACUCUCACACAGAUACUGAUGCAGAAGGCUGAACUGGGGCUCCAGAAUCCCAUUGACAUCAUGUUUCACCUGCAGCCGCUCAUGUUCCUGGGGCUCUUCCCACUCUUUGUGGUGUUUGAGGGCCUGCCUUUAUCCAUAUCAGAGAAGCUCUUCCGUUUCCAUGAAGCAGGAAUGCUGUUCUCUCUGGUAGGGAAGCUGUUCUUGGGUGGAAUUCUUGCCUUUGGUCUAGGCUUUUCUGAGUUCCUCUUGGUUUCCAGAACAUCUAGCCUCACCCUUUCCAUUGCUGGCAUUUUUAAGGAAAUCUGCAUUUUAUUCCUCGCCACACAUUUACUGGGAGACCGCCUCAGCCUCUUGAACUGGCUGGGCUUUGCUGUCUGCCUGUUGGGAAUCUCCCUUCAUGUUGUUCUCAAAGCCAUGAAUUCCAAAGGUGACAAAGCACUGGAGCCACACAAAGAGACCAGCUCUGACCCUGACCUGGAGCUGCUGCUGCGCCACCCUGAGCAUGGUGAGGAAGAGGAAGAGGUUGUUGAAACCCCACAACAGCACUGACUGAACAUGAAGCACAAAGCCACCUGCUCUGUUCUUACCAAACCUGCCUGACAGCUAUCCUGGAGGAAGGUCCAAAAGUCUCUGUGACCACCCAAAGUAGAGCCAGGGCCUGGUGAGAGAAUUCUGCUGUUCUGCUACAGGAUGGAUCUGUAGAUGCUGCACAAGAAACAGGCAAUAUCCCUUUCACAGGAACUUGGAAGACAAGCCCUGGUUCAGUGGAUGUAGAAUGGAGAGGUGAGACAGGGAAAAGCUGUAAAAAGUCCAUUAGGGGAUCCUGAAGGCUGUUUACUGAGAGGGUAGACCAUGAGCUGUAGAAUGAGCAUGGACAUGUCUGGACUGCAGGCUAAGUGGUUCAGGGAUGAUUUUACUGCUGUUUAGGUUUUGGCUUCAAAGGACAAGGUAGAUACACCUUCCCUUUUUUUUUUUUCACAUUUCUGCAAAUUAGGAACUCCCAUCCUGGUGGGAUCACAGGAGUGAAUAAAUCCCUAGAGUUGUCCCAGUGAGAAGGACCUUUUGUGCCUGGGGACCUCCAUGUUAUGUGUGCAUAGUAAGGAGAGAAUUAAAUGCUGGUAUUUGGGACCAAUUGAAAAUGAUGAACAUUUCCAGAUGAUGUUGGUUGGAGGAAAGACAGGGAUGCAAGAGUACUUCUGGUGCUACAGGCCAAGAGGAGAAUGAGCAGUGUCACAGGAGAUCUAACUUGAGCAAUAAUCUAAUCAGAAAAAGUGUGUGGGGUUUUGAGGGGGGGGAUUGUUUUUUUUUUAAAUAAACUUGUUUUCUGAUUUGCU